UAAAUACUAAACGUUACGUUUUUCAGCUAUGACGAUAAAAGAAGAGUAACCAGACUGCUUCAAAAAUAUGUCGCCAAAGCCAAUAUACGACAAAGACGUGGUCGUGCUGGUAGAGUGCAAGAAGGUAUCUGCUUCCAUAUGUUUACCAAGCAGCGUUUUGAAGAGAUGCCUGAUUUUGAAACACCUGAAAUCCUUAGAUUACCACUUGAAGAGCUAUGCUUACGCAUUAAAGUGUAUAAUCUUGGAUCCAUUCGCUCUGUUCUUAGUACUGCUUUAGAUAAGCCUUCGAGCCAAAUGAUAGACAAUGCCAUUUCAAGCCUAAAAGAGGCACAAGCUUUAACGACAGAAGAAGAUGAAAGAUUAACUCCACUUGGCUCGCACUUGGUCAACUUGCCUGUGGAUAUACAUAUUGGAAAGAUGAUCCUUUUUGGGGCCAUUUUCCGCUGUUUGGAUCCUAUACUUACGAUUGCUGCCAUGCUAAGUUAUAAAAGCCCCUUCGCUCGACCAUUUGGAAAAGAGCGUGAAGCUGAUAUUGCAAGGUCAAGGUUCGAAGUUGGAAAAUCUGACUUCUUGACAAUGUAUCAAGCAUAUAAAGUUUGGCGUGAUUAUUUGAUGCAAGUGAGAGGAAAACCAGGUUGGCUCCGUCAUAUGCAUGAAUUCUGUAAAGAGAAUUUCUUGAGUCAACAGAAUCUAGAGAUGAUUGAAGAAAUGAAACGACAGUUUUUAGCAUUACUGAUCAACAUCGGUUUUGUAAAGACGAGUAAACUGGACAUAUCUAUUAAUAGAUAUGAUAUCAAGCGAUCUAUUCAUCUGUGUGAUGUUCCUUCGGCCUAUAACAAGUAUAGCCACACUCUUCCUGUCGUCAAUGCUGCUCUAACGGCUGGUCUUUAUCCUAAAAUUGCAGAAUAUGUUCGUGAGUCUGGCAUCAUGGCCAAUCGUAUGAUGGAGGUCAAGCUACACCCCUCAUCCAUGCUCUUCCUCCGUGAAAGAGAGGUACAUUCUGAAAUUUUGGCUUACAAUACCCUUAUUAUGGGUAAUAAGGAAUAUCAAAGGAAUAUAGCAGUCAUUCGAGAUGCUACAUCAGUUGAUCCCGUUGCUCUUGUUUUAUUAACAAGAGAAAUCAAAAUUCAGCAUAAGCAAAGAAAGAUCACUCUUGACAAUUGGCUCUCAUUCGAUUGUUUUGCAAGAACAGCGGUUAUUUUAAAGUUUUUUAGAAAUGAAUUGAACCGCUGGCUUGCUGAAAAGAUGAAAGAUCCAGCUGUGGAUUUGACAGCUUACAAUCAAGACAUUCUAGAUGCUAUAGCGUACAUGUUACAAUCAUGCAACUAUUAAGGGCUUGUGUUUUAUGCUGGGAAAGAAGGUCCUCCUUUUUUAUUUACUGAAUAAAAAUCGUAAGCCAAUAUCAUCUGUAGUACCAUUUUAAAAUGUCAAUAAGUUAUUUUCUUCUGUCAUAUUUGUUUGUGACCGAAGUGAUGUCAACUCAUUUUCGAGUAACUCCUUGAUUAUCAAGAUUGCAUUCUGAUCAUUACUAUACUUGUUCUCUAAUCUAUAGUUUGAUUGUUUGUUAGUACUUUAUAAAUAAUAAAACAAGGGGAGCUUACCUUUUCAAAAUAGCCUCUAGUUCCCUUUGAGAGUUACAUAGAAU